UAUAGUCUGUGCUCUGUCAGUGUCAUGUCAAGUCAUAUUGUGCCAUUAGUAUUUUAAUAUUUUUGCGAUUGUGAUUAUUAUGUUUACUUUACAUUAAAAUAACCAAGUAUCGCAGGACAAUUAUUUUUGUGCGUUUAGAGUUUGUGCUGCAACUUUGACAAACUAAAUUAAGACAAACAUGUCGGCAGAUGCUUUAGUAAAUGCGGCAUCAGAAGUUCGGGAGAAUUUGGUAACAACUGCAGUAAAUUUCCUUAAAAACCCAAAUGUGAACCGAUGCACCAUGGAAAGCAAGGAGCGGUUUCUCCGGGCCAAAGGCCUCACAGACUUGGAGAUAGCCAGGGCUGUUGAGAAAUGUGGCGAGUUGUUAGACGGACCUUCAGUGACCUCAGAGUUGAUGUUUUUCCAGCACUCAAGGCAGUCAUGGUUUAGAGAACACAUCCUACCUUUACUGGUGUAUGGGGGGUUUGCGUAUGGCUGCUACUGGUUGUAUAAGAACUGCAUACGUCACAUUCUAUUCGUGGAGGAGCCGAAACGCAAAACGACGGCUGAAUGUCUCGACGAAGUCCGCAAGUCGCUCGAUAUAUUAAACACUAGUAUGACGUCACUGCGCGGAGAGAUGCAGGCUUCGGCACAGAGCUCUUUACGGACGCAAUUAGAUGGAUUGAAGGCUGACAUCGCUUCGGUUAAAGGAAUACUUUUGAAUAGGAACCAAUUCCCAUCAAUAAAGACCCGUUCCGAACCGCCAUCUAUCCCGGCCUGGCAGCGUCAGUCCGAAGAAGCCACGUCCACGGAAGCCACCGUCGAAGAGAAGAAGCCCCAUAGAAGCCGCAGCCAACGCUCAGAGUCUGGUGGUUCCAACUCUAGUGAAGGCGAACAGGCCACUAAAAACAGCGACAGCAGUCUGGAGAUCAUGUGAGUCUCUCCCCCUCUCACCUGUUUCCCUCUUGAAUGUUCUUUCUCUCUCGGAGGUAGUUGAAAAGAAGCCCCAUAGAAGUCAUAGCCAACGCUCAGAGUCUGGUGGUUCCAACUCUAGUGAAGGCGAACAGGCCACUAAAAACAGCGACAGCAGUCUGGAGAUCAUCACAUGAAUCCCAUCGUCGUGUUACCGAGAAAUCGAUCUAGUCCAACUGGGUCCUGCAGAAUGACAACGGGCACCGUUCUCACGAUAAAUAGGUUCUAAACAUCACAAUGGCAUCACAUCAGACCUAAUCAUAAAAAUAAACCUUAUCUCUUUGCAGUAAGAUUUAUGAUGCUACAAUUAUAGUAAAAUCAUUUUAACUUACCGAAUCAACUGAUAACGCUACAUAUAAGCACUGUUUUAACCAAUGUUAUUAAAUAACUAUAGAUAGGUUAUACUCAUACAUAAGGAGCACAAAAAAUACUUUUAUGUUUAUUUCAUUGCCGAAUGAAUCUGUUUUUGUUGAUUAAUUUUCGCAUACCAUUCAUCUUUGUUAAUACUCGUUAUUAAACAUAGGCUUGUCUCUUUAUGUGGGCUCGUAUGGUGCUCUUAUGGGAGCUCGUUAGCACGCGGACAUUUCUCCCUUGCCCAAGCGCGACUAAAGGCAACUUGUACAAUUCCUACAAGGUAAGGGCUUCAAUUUUGGAACGUCAGUAACAUAUCUAGAGUUAUAAUAUAAUUGGUUACAACAUGGAGAACAUAAUUUUAAAAUGCCACAAAAUGCUCUUAGAGCUCUAUCACACAGGAAAUUUGCUCGCAAAUCGUCAGUGUGACAAGUCCUACGAACUAGUACCUGAAAUUAUUACCAAUUAAAUUAAACAAAAUGUUUUUAACAGGUAAAUAAAGCUGAAGAGUUAUUAUAUGUUGCUAGUUAAAAUCCUUUGUUAAAUAUCUGGCAUGCCAACAUAUCGAUGGAUUCGCAAGUGUCCCCGCCUCAUAUGGCGGCGGUUACGUGAGGCGGAGACAAAUAGGAAUCCAUCAUAUAAUUUUUUCACUCUUUUACGAUGGCUGGGUAGAAUCGGUCAGUUAAAAUGGGUUAUUCCCACUAGUUACCACCAACUUGUUACCAGUACUGGAUUUUUUUUCCCCGGUAGUUACCAGAAGUAAAAUCCAAGAAAUAAAAUCCCAGUAGUUACCACUGGUAACAACUUGGUGGUAACUAGUGGUAUUCCCGUUAAAAUGACUCUUGCUGUAAAAAAUAGAUGGAACCUUUUUAUUGUUGAGUAUAUUUGACAUAAAUAAUGUAUUAUAAUUAAUAUAUUUCAUAGGAUUUUUAUUCGUGUUGUGAUUGGGCUAUUAUGGUUUUAUUAGACGAAAAUUUGUAUUAAUUGUAGAGAGGUAUUGCCAAAAUUAAUAACUGGUGCGAUUUAAUACAAUAUUUAACAGUAAAUAGAUUUAUUAAAUUAAAAGAUCAUGAAGUGAAUUUAUAUCUAGAUGCUGUUAAUGCCUGAAAGUUGAAAAAGAAAUUCCGGCCAUAAUUUCAAGACGUUACCACAUCACGUAUUAAAAUGCUAACCAUUUUAGUUAGUGAAUUGAGGGCCUAUUGCGACAUAGAAAUUUCGUUAUCUCCAUCUCUAUUGCACAUGCAUUAUUCGAUUCAAAUAAUAAUAAUUCGAUAUUCGCGGUCGGCCCCUCUGUUUAGCCUCUGAAAUAGUCAUGGAUUAUAUAAAAGCGGGAAAAAGCUGUAUAACUAUGUUUUAAUUAUAAUAGGGAAUAUUACGCAUAUUCCCGCAUACGAAACUGCAUAGGUCGCGCCACUACCACAAUCCAUCACAAUCUGAGGGUCUACUGCGAAACAAGGAAAUCGAAAUUUCUAUAUCUAAUCUCUUUAUCACUCUUGCAUAUUCGAGCGAUGAAGAGGCAGAUAACUAACUUUUUUGCGUUUCUUGGUACGGCCUUUGUAAACAAACCACUUUGAUGCAUCAAUGUCAUAUUUUAUUAUCUGUGAAAACUUGUCAUAAGACAGUUUAAGGCACAGUAUGCAUAAGUUAUUCUAUGGUUUCCGAUAGUGCUGCACUCUGGCGGCAGAACAUUGCAGUAAUACUCCCUAUUACAACUGACUUAUUGUAAAACUCGUACUAGUUAUUUAGGUUAGUGGUUAACUUAGAUUAAUGCUUGUUAUUAUUUGUUUACACGAUUUUUAUUCAUUGGAAGUGGGAGAUACAUAUAAUAUUAAAAUUAUUUCAAAUUAACAUUUAAAAGUAGAUAAAAAAGACAAAAAGAAAUUCCAUAAGUGUUGUAAAUUGAAAAAUUUACCCUCUGUCAAAUAUGUCAUACUCAUAAAUGUGUAGUUGUAAAAAAUAUUUUUAGUACCAUUCUUAAGUCUACGGGGGUCUACAGUAUGAGGUUAUUCAAAAAAGUAUGUACAGGUUUUUAAGGGGUCGACAACACGCAUGUUACACAUCUGGAGUUGCAGGCGUCUAUAGGCUACGAUGACUGCUUACCAUUAGGCUGGCCGUGUGCUUGUUCACCACUUUCGUGGUAUAAAAAAGUACCAUAAAUGAGGAAAUACUAAGACGCGUAAAAUAUUGUACCUAGAUACACUUUAACAGCUGAGGUAAAUUAGAUGGCGUUGUACGACAUUAUACGUUUUGUACAAUCGCCAUCAGAUAUAACGGAGCGGCCAAGGUGCUCAUAAAUAUCUGAACACGCCUCUAUUGAAAAGGCGUUAAGGUGCGUGUUCAGUAUUUAGAUAUCUGAGCACCUCGGCCGCUCUGAUAUAUCUGAUGGCGAAUGCACCUGCGUUACAGCGCUUCAAUAUUUUGCACUAGUCAUCUUAGUAUUGUUUUGUCUAUGCUAAAAUAAACAAAAAGUGUUACCUCCUUAUUCAUAAAUGUGUACUAAAGUUACGAUGCUGCUGAUCAUCGUUUGUCCCUUUCCGACGUAUUAGUAUGAUGGAAAGGGACAAACGAUGAUGAGCAGCAUCGUAACUUUAGUACACGUUUAUGAAUAAGGGGGUUAGUGUUUCUUUAUGUCAGAGGAAAGUUACUGUAAAUAAAACAUUUAUUUAGUGGUUAUAGCCUGUAUAAACAAAUAAAUUAUUUGUAUGCAUUUGAAAUGCUUUUAAUACUUGCUUCCGGAGUUGCUCAGUAUUGUGUGUAUCAUGACUUCAAAAAUUUAGAUAAAUGUGUGCAUCAACUUUUUUCGUUAUUUUAUUUGUCCGUAAGGACGCAUAAGCCCCAAUUGACUUUAUGGUUUAACACUAUAUGCUUCCAAAAUAGCUAAGUCUAUGGUUUCUGGUCGAUUGUACAACGUAGUGAUUAUAUGCUCUUUGGAUUGUACUCUUUAGAAAAUGCAUAUGCUUAUAUAUUAGUAAGCCAUCCUGACCCAGGUAAAAACAACAUGAUUGCAACUAAUUGACAAAAUAUCCCAUUCCAAAUAUUAGGGUGUCUAAUAUUUUAAUGAUAAAUAAACCAAUUAUAAAUA